GUGAUUAAAAAAAUGCAAGACUACCAUCGCCAUGAAGAAUGAAUCACGCUAUAAAGAGACCACACCUGUAAAACCAGCUCUCCGGAAGUUUUGAUUCCUAUACGCCCAUCAGUUUCAGGUUUCAGAAACCACUCUGGGGAUUCGUAAUGGGGCAGAGCAGCAGUAUUCUGGCCGGGGGUGACGUUUACGUUCCCGUGUACAAGAGACCUAAAUGGCCGAACGAAGACUGGUUCGUUGCCAUGGAAAUACGAGAUUCAGACAGUGUCAUGGGUCGAGAAAUUGGUUUCCAGAAAAGCGAGUUCGAACAAAUGAUCAAAAGGCUGAAGAAGGCAUGUGAGAAAGAGCAGAUGGAUGCUCACCUCCGCCAGAGACUCCAAGAUUUAGUGAACAGUAUGAAAACAAAACAUAACGUGAACUCUCUUUCUCCAAAAUCCUCACCGAAAGACCGGUUACAGAGAACCUUUUCAAACUUGAGAUCCUUCCGCAGGUCAAGGUCACCCACUCAAAGGUCAAACCAAGCCGUCAUGAGGUCGAAGUCACACGAAUGCUCACCCAAGAGCCCUCUACUCGAGAAGGAACGAUCGCAGCGCGUGACUGUCCAUCAGUUUGAUUUAAGCACGGUGACGAAUCCCGUGCCAGUGGAGGAGAGCACAACUACACCGCAAUCGGUUUGCCGAAAAUCUCUGGCAAACGUCGUCCGCCGAAUGCGCGAGGCCGCAGCGGGAGGAGAGAACAUGCACACGUGCGAUGACGUCAACAGAAUGGCCGAGGACACGCAAUGGUUUCUACAGAGAACCUACAAGGCGUUCAAAGACGUGCAGAUUCUUGUGGCUGGCAGUAUCGCUGACGGAACCAAGAUCAUCAGUCCAGAUGAAUUUGAUUUGGUUGUCCUUCUACCCUCUCUCGAGCAGUCUGUGAAGGAGAUCAGCGUACUGGAGGACACCCAGAACGAGUACAUUCGUCUGGGUUUAGUGUACGAUCAACAUGAUGUGGACAAUGGUGAUCAGUUCAGGGACGCUGUGAGUGGGGAGAGCGGCGAGCACCUCAUUAUUACCGUCUUGGAUGCGAUGAAAAGCUUUUUGCGGCCUGGCUGGACAUUUGUGUCCGCUGAAACCAAAACCUUUGUCACUCGAAUUCACCUUACUCAAGAAGCGUCAUCAGACAAAGUGGAAGUCCGCUUUGACAUCAGCUUAGCGUUGCCCAUUUCCUGCAAUAAAGUAUUGCCGUUGAUCAUGGACAAUCCAGAUGAUGUAAUAAAACUUCCAUUGUGGAACCACCUUGUUGCAACUUUGCAAAAAUACGACAAGAAAGUUUUCGCUCUGGUCCCGGGUGAAGCGUCGGGUAAAACCCGUAGAAUCUCCUUAGCAUUGGCAGAGAAGGAUCAGCUGCUGCAAUAUGGAGAAUUCAGUGGCGUCGUGGAAUGUCUGUGCUACUGUAAAACUCUUGUCGCGCUAUUCUUUCCUCUAGUGCUAGUGAACGAUUCCUGGGAACCUUGCGUACCACCGUAUUUGUUGAAGAACGCUAUAUUCUUCCUAAUGGAACAUUACAAUGAUCGUGAGAAGUGGCUAGGAAAUGAACCUCAAGCUAGAGUCGUUGAGGUUUUCAUGCUUCUGGGCAAAUCUUUGUGGCCGGACGGCUUCGGCACACGAGGGUCAAGAAUCUCCCUCUUCGUCUUUCCUGGAUUCACGUCGUUCCCUGAAUUCUGUAACGAUUCUUGUCGCUUCGAUCCCACCAAGCAGGAAAUCCGCGACUCUUUGGCACAUAGCUAUAUGGAAGGGAAAGCGUGUUUCCCGUGUAAAUUUCAAUUGAAGAACGAACUGGACGCUUUGUUACAAGUGCCCGAAAUUUCACAAGUACUUGGAAAAUACGCAGAGAAACUGCAAACGAGCGAUUGGAAGUUUCGUGAACUUCUUGUGGACUUGGUUGACCUCCUGAAGAAUGUGCUGGACUAUUCUGGCAACACACCAUGGUCUCAAGACGAAGCCAAUAACAACAGCAGUCCCAGGGCUUGAAUUCAAAUUUGUGGACUCUUUAUCAACUACAGAAACUAGUCCAUAAAGUUUUAAAAGGCUUGAAAGUUAAACUUUGAAAAGUGAUUGAAGGAUUAUUUCGGGGCGAUUUUUAAAAACCGCAACAGUCUCAUUUCGUCAAAACCAUUUAC